CUUCACGUAAGGACGAGCCGCAAGGGAUCACCUGCGAAUCACCUCUCGUCGGGACCCCUUUUCUGAACCAGAAAUACGGAGCAUCACCCGUCGAGUGGUCGCAGAACGAUCGGCAUUUAAUCAACCAUGGCAGCACCACAGGCCUCCUCUCGCCUUGAGUUGUUGCAGGCCCGGUUCCAGCAGAAGCAGCUGCAGGAAAAAGAGCAGAAGCUGCUGCAGCUUUACGAUCAGCAACAGCAACGGGCUUAUCAGGUGAUGCAACGGGGCAGCGCCGGUUCCAACGGCUCGAAUUAUGGCUCUUCUGUCAGCCAGCACACCGUCACGAAAACCACGUCCAGUAGCCAUACCACCUCGACCUCGCAAGGUGGAAGGGUGAGGCAAAUGUUCGACGAGAGACGGCACACGACCGUGAAGGGAAUCGACAGGAGCUACCCGUUGGAGCCGUUGGAGAAUAAACCGCGGAAGCAGACCAACGGAAACGCCGUGCAGAAGAACGGAAAUUCGACGGUGAACCGACACUCCGUGACCGUGAGACGAGUGGCCCGGGCCGACAUGAACAGCAAUUUAAAUGGCGGCAAACCGAUCGUCUCGUAUCACGAGGAUAUCACUCGAGAAUCGUUCGGGCCUUCUGGACGGCAGCAGCCAGACGAUGACGACGAGGUCGGGAACGAGAACCACGUUGUACAGUUCGCGAAUGGAAAUCAUCGAGACGAGACACACAUCGAGGAGGUUCUGGACGAGGACACGAUAGAGAGGAAUCGCAUGAUGGCGAAGCUCCACUUGAUGGAAUACGACGAGACGCUGAAGCACCGGAUUAAAAACGACCUCGAAAGCGAGGAAUUCCCAGAGGAUUUCAUGGUGGAUGUACCUGACAGGCUACCAAAGCAAAGUGUUCCGAAGAAGUUGUCCCAAGCGGAGGCUAGAUUGGAACGUUUCAGAAACGCUAACGCGAAGCGCAACAACGCUACGAAAAACACAAGUACAAUCGGUGUUUCGAGGAAACGAUCCGAUCCAAUUUUUCCGGCAAAAUCUACUUCCAGCAGGCAAAGCAAGAAUAAGAUCAGCAAGGGGUCCAGUAUAGCAAAGAAUGGUUUUGAAAAUAAUGAAUCCAAAGAUGCAUCGGUGACCCCCAAAUAUUUGGAUGAAACUCAGUCGACAUCGGAAUCUGAGAGUACUAUAAAACGAAGGAAUUACAGUCCACAAUUUUUCUCUGCGGAAUCUAAGAAAUUGGCAACUGUUUCUGCAAUUAAUUCAAAAAUUACUGGAAGAUCUACACCUGAUUUUUCUAAAGACCCAAGAUCUCGAAGCCAAAGCCCAAAAUUCUUUUGCAAAGAAUCAGAAAAAUCGGCAACCACUUACGCAAUUGAUCCAAAAACAUAUGGGAAAUUAUCACCUGAAGGAUUAAAGAAUAAACAACGUCGAAGCGAAAGCCCUAAAUUCUUUUGCAAAGAAUCAAAAAAAUCAGCAACUACGUACGCAAUAGAUUCAAAAAUGUUGGGGAAAUUAUCACCUGAAGAGUUGAAGAAUAGACAUCGUCGAAGCCAAAACCCAAAAUUCUUUUGCACAGGAGCAGAGAAAUCAACAACCACAUACACAAUAGACUCAAAGCCUGCUGGAAGAUUGUCACCUGACUUUUCGGAAAACAAAAGACUCCGAAGCGAAAGCCCAAAAUUCUUUUGCAAAGAAUCAGAAAAAUCGGCAACUACUUAUGCAAUUGAUAAAAAAACGUGUGGAAAAUUAUCACCUGAAGAAUUGAAAAAUAAACAACGUCGAAGCGAAAGCCCAAAAUUCUUUUGCAAAGACUCCCAAAUCAAUAAGAAAUUGUAUCCGGAGGUUUCGAAAAACCAGCAACGUACCGUUGUAAAAAUAGAACCAAAAUGUGAAAAUGUAAGAAGGAAAUCCGGUAAAUCACUUGUGAUUAUGGAUCGUACUGUGGACAAAUAUAUUAAGUCUCCCGGGCCUGAUAAAAUUAAUAGAAUUUCUUCCUCUCCAGAGAAUCCGAAAAAUGACAUAAUAACUCGAAGGAAAAUUGAAAAUACUGUUGAUGUAAAACCGAUUCGGAAUGGAUCGACCAACCUUUUCGAGAGACUAACGAGAGAACGAAGCGCGAGUCCCCAAUUUAUUCGAGAAGAAUCUAGAACAUCAAUGGCAACAACUGGAAUGUGCACUAAAGAGUGCAAUAUUAUGUCUAAACCAUCAGAUAUGAUUGAUAAAAUUGCAAAGAAACGCAGCUACAGCCCGGAGAUAAUGUCUCCAAAACAGGAUUCUUCGAGUACUCAUACCACCGCUCUAAAAUCACCAGACUUUGCAAAGAAGAUAUUGAGAAAAUCCACUGCAAGUCCUCAGUUCUUUUCCGACAGAUCUGCUACCAUUAUGUUCGUCACACCAGAGACGAUAACGAAAACGAGAACAGGGUAUGCAAGAACUGAAAGGAAAUUACGGAGUCCCACUUCUUCCAUUAGUAAGUCUAACAUAAAUAUUACGAACAGGAAUAUUGGCACAAAUAAAAAAUUGUCUGCAGACGCCAUUGAUGAAAGUUCGAAAUAUAGCAUACGGAACUCGGUAUCGCGAUACUUUUCCGAGCAAUGUGAAAAAGCUUCCGAAAGCAUGGAUUUUAGUGCAAAGAAUGAUUUUCAAAAGACGCGAACUAGCAGAAGUUUAGAUCAGUCUCGAAGUUCGUCUCCAAUGUCACUGAAAGACACGAAGUCGCCUAGUCCGCCAUGUUAUCAUAAAAUUCCUGGUAAAGAUGGUACAGUGGUAAAUGUAGAUAGAAGUAGAAGCAUAACUCCGGAAUUUUAUUGUCACGAAACAGGAAAAUCAGCAACGACUGUGAGUUUGAGACCUAAGACCUCGAAAGAUUCGAACGAACGUCUUGGAACUACUGUAUCCAAGAAGAUCGAAUCGAGAAAUAAGUCAUCUAAGUCUCCAAACACCCUCAUACUGUCUAAAGACGCCACUGUAAUUUGUGGCAGUGAUAGAAGCACUCGACAUUUAUCGCCGAAUCAACAGAAACUUAUGAACAGCAGAAGCAAGUCUCCAGAAUUUUUCUGCUAUGAAACAGAUAAGUCAGCUACAGCAGUAAGUCUGAAACCGAAACACUCACAAGACUUUACAGAACGUUCCAAAAGUCCUCGAGCUACAAGUGUCCGGUCUAAAAGCAGAUCGUCAAAAAGUUCUGAUAUUUUUACUGCAACCAAAAAUAUCCACAUAAGUAGUGGUUCCAGCGGAAGUAAUAGUCCUGCAUUAUCACAAAAAAUUACAACCAAAAAUAGAGCAACUCCGGAAUUCUAUUGCUAUGAAACAGAAAAAUCAGCUACGACAGUAAGCCUAAAACCUAAACCAACGAAGGAUUCGCUAAACAAACAUCCUGGAGGUCCUCAAAUUACAACUGUACAACUUAAAGAUAGAUCAUCAAAAAGUCCCGAUACUUUCACUUCGUCUAAAAAUACAGAAAUAAAUGCAAGUACCGGUAGAAGCAGUCACAAUUCAUCGCCAAAUCCACACUCAAUUGCAGGCAGAAGUGGAAAUCCAGAAUUCUAUUGCUAUGAAACAGAAAAAUCAGCUACGACAAUAAGCCUGAAACCUAAACCAACGAAUGGCUCGCUGAAAGAGCGUCCCAGGAGUCCUCAAACUACAACUGUACAACUUAAAGAUAGAUCAUCAAAAAGUCCUGAUACUUUCACUUCAUCUAAAAAUACAGAAGUAAAUGCAAGUACCGGUAGAAGCAGUCACAAUUCAUCGCCAAAUCCACACUCAAUUGCAGGCAGAAGUGGAAAUCCAGAAUUCUAUUGCUAUGAAACAGAAAAAUUAGCUACAACAGUAAGCUUGAAACCUAAACCAAUGAAGGAUUCGCUAAAAGAGCGUUCCAAAAGUCCCCGAUCAUCAAAGUUUCAUUCUAAAAACAGAUCAUCCAAAAGCCCCGAGUUCUUGAUUAAGGAUCCCAAAGGGACCGUUCGCCGAGUUUCCAGUAAUGUUCUACGAUCCACGAGGUUGAUUCGCGACGUUAUAAGACAUCAGAAGAAUAAUCAGUGUAAUGGAGCUUCAUGGAAAGACAUGACUCCAACUGGAGAUGUAGAAGGAACAUCCAGUGUCAGGGGCGGUGAAUUGAAAACCCGGUCGAAGUUGGAUGAAGCGGGGACACCCAGGGCGAAUAGAAAUGUUCACGAAAGGGCAACGACUCCUUCCCCUCGAAGAUACGAACUUCUUGCUCCGGAAUCCAGUCCGAAAAGUUCCACCUCCGUGGAUGUGGACGCAGAGAUUCAAGAAAUUACCAUGCCCGAUCAAAACGUGAAACAGAAAAAUCUUCAUCGUGAGCUUCGAAGCACUUACACGAAAUCGUCCAAGACCAAAACGUCGGGGUCCUUUCGGAAAUCGGAGAACGUGUUCGCAUACUCCGUGCAUAAACCCAGCAAAAAGAGGGGAUCUCUUCUAGAAUCGGAUAUUUUCGAGUUAUCGAAAAGAGAUCAGCGGCCGAUAGAUUCUACGAGGAAAGGGAAAGGUGUCAGUCUGAAGCAAAUGACACGAAAUACAUCGAGCAUGGAACGGUCUUGCAGCGUCAGUCUUUCUCCGAUGAACGAAUCGAUUUUUCGUAACACGAAACCUCGUCGGUCGAAGGAAGAUAUCCUGAACGAAGAAAACUCUCGAGAAUCUUCGCGAUCCAGAAAGCAAACGCUAAGCCCGUCGAAACAAGCUCAAGCUUUGGGAUCGAUAGAACUCGUGCGGAAGAUCAUGAACGGUGAAAUAAACGUUUCUAGUAAGACUUUAAAAACACAAGAGGACAGUUCAGAGGAUAAGUUUGAAAAAGAGGAAAGGGAUUCCAUCGUAUCAGUUGAAAUGAAAUACGCAAACGACGGAUCAUCGAACAAGAAUUAUGAGAGAACGGACUCGGUAGAGUCAGCACUUAGACGUUUCGACUCUAUUUGCACAGAUGCUGGCGCGGGCUCCUUCCGCGGUGCUUUAGGGCGAAGCAAAGAAUCGAUAACGGAGAAAAGACAAACGCUGGAAGAAUCGAGGAUCGAGGGCUCAGCGGAUGAUUCGAGGACGAUUUCUCUAAAAGCACUCGACCGGUCGAAUGUAAAUUUCCCGUGGAGCCCCGAGAACAAACCGUCGGGCAGGCGUUCAAAGAAAAUCUCCACGAACGCUCCCGAGAUUAUGGAAGGUUCUCGCAGAGGGAAAGCUUCCAAACCGGAAGAGAUUCGACGUCGGAAAAAAUUCGCUAAAGCUAAGGGUUCUAUAGAGAUCGCCAGAAUAGUAAGGUCUGAAUCGCCAGGAUGCAAACGGAAACUCUUCCAAGACGCAGACUCGGGGGAAGACACUGAAACUGGUGGCUCGGGAUCGAAGCGUGGCGAUUCAACGAAUACUUCAGCUCGCCUUCUGUCUAAAACGACGAAGUCGAACAAAAGCGAAUUGGUUGAGUCUCUAAAAGGCAGCUCGAAAUUCUUAAAACCUACUGCGGGUCACGGAUCAUUGAUGAAAAAAGCGAACAAAAGGGGAACGGAUGAAACAUCAACAGGUACGUCGGACUCGGAUCAUUCGCUUACUGUGAAACAACUGAGAUCGAUCGAGGAUAUUCGGAAAUCAAUGGAGAGCGAAUGUUCCUCUAGUCGUGGAGCAACGGGAACGUCUAUGUCGGCGAUUGCGAACAAUGCUUUAAGAUGCUCGAGUACUGUUCGACCGAGGAAAUCGCGCGUAUUGAAUAGCGAUGCGUACGUCGAAAGUCAGAAACCGGUGUAUUUGUCGAGACAAUCAAAGAAUGUUAGCGUGAGGGACAACGGUUUAAGAGAUACGGAGAGUUUUGUAAAGUCCGUGACGCGUUUCUCCAGGGUGGUGAAAAGUCCCAGUCCAGAUUCGACGAAGGCGACGGAAACGAGCAACCGUGUGCGGAGGAACGUUCGUUCGUCGCUGUCGAAAAGCCCGGAUACGGUGACGAGGCGUCCUUCCACGGACCUGAAAGCACUAGAUACAAAGUCGACAAAACGACCAACACCUACGAAAGGCACGGAGCCAAUUGCAAACAGGAAGACGGCGACGACUACGACGACGACGACUACGAGAAAAUCGACGGAUGUCGUCGAUGGCGCUAUUCUCGAGAAUGGUCUGCAUUUACGAGACCAAACUGCCGAAACGAAAUACGAUAACGACUCGCAGACUACGAAGAAGAGCGACGCUUUUGUCAUCGAGUUCGACGAGCAAGCGCCGAAGGAAACCGAUGGGCCACUUCCGAGGAAGCCGCUAUUUAAAAGACCAUCCACCGAGAAACAGGCACCUUCCACCCAAGCGGGUCGACCUCCUUCAUCAGUUUCGUCCACCUCCAGCGGUAGCUCCAUGCAGGCCAACAUUUCCGGUUCCAAAUCCAAAAUGGCGUCCAAAACGAGAGCGUCGAACUUUUCCACAUCGUCCAGAGCAUCAGCGUUACCAAAAACUGGAAAUGCUUGCGCUAGUGACCUUCUAGUUCCCUGUAAAAUGUGUGGACGUCGUUUCGCCCAAGACCGUGUGAUCCUCCACGAACAAAUCUGCGCAAAAACGGCUCAAAAGAAGAGGAAGCAAUUCGAUUCGGUGAUGUUCCGAGUAAAGGGUACCGAGCUGGAAAAAUUUGUCAAAAAAGGAGUCUGUAAAAAGCAGACCGAGAAACCGCCGGAGGUGAAGUCGAACUGGCGACGCAAACACGAAGACUUCAUCAACGCCAUACGCUCGGCGAAACAGGUGCAAGCCCACCUGGCUGCAGGAGGCAAGCUCAGCGACUUGCCGCCACCACCAGCCAGCGAUACCAGCGAUUACAUUCAGUGUCCUCAUUGCGGAAGGAAAUUCAACAAGGCCGCCGCAGAUCGUCACAUUCCCAAAUGCGAGCACAUGUUGCACAACAAGCCGAUACAUUCACGAGCACCGAAACCGAGACGUUAACUCUCACU